AUGAGGAUCUUAAGUUGGAAACACCAAGGUGUGGGGAAUCCUUCGACGGUUAGGGCGCUUAAAUAUAUAGUUCAAAUUAAUUCCCCUGGUAUUUUCUUUUUAAUGGAAACUAAACUUACCCGUGGUGAGUUCAAUGAUAUUUGUCGUUGUUUUGGGUCCUUUAAUUCUUUCAAUGAUGAUUCUAAUGGUAGAAGAGCAGGUCUUGCGUUAUUUUGGAAUAAAAUUUUAGAUGUUAAUAUUUUUGAUUUCUCUACGAAUCACAUUGUGUUUGAUGCUGCUGAUAAGAAACAAGGAGGGCAUAUUAGAGAUCAGAGGGAGCUUGUUGAUUUUCUCUCUACUAUCGACGAGCGUGGGGUUGCUGAUUUGGGGUAUGAUGGCCAUGCUUUCACAUGGACUAAUAGGAGGACUAGAGAUCAACUUAUUCAAGUGAGGCUUGAUAGAUUUCUUGCCAAUUCAAAGUGGCAGGAUGUUUAUAGUGACUGGCAAGUUUGGAUGAGACGAGAGGGGUUUGAUGGGUUUGUUGUGCAAGCGUGGGGUUUUGAUGGAGCAGGUCACGAUUUUAUGGAUAAGGUGCGAGAAUGUGGAGCUAGCUUACAGGCAUGGGCUUUUGACAACAUUGGUAGUAUCCAGAAGAAACUUAAAAAGAAAACUGAGGAAGUAAAAGCAGUGCAUUGUAGGGAAGGCUCGUUAAAUCAGAUUUUUUGCACUAAGGAAAUUACCCAAGCUCUCAAACAAAUGGGUCCUUCAAAAGCGCCCGGUCCGGAUGGGAUGUCGGUUAUGUUCUAUAAUUCAUAUUGGCAUGUUGUGGGGAACGAUGUAAUUAGCUAUGUGCAUAAAUUCUUAAGGGAUGGGGUGAUGCCGACAAGUAUGAAUCAUACUAACAUUGUUCUCAUUCCUAAGAGCGCUUUUGUCCCGGGACGUCUCAUCACUGAUAAUGCUCUUGUGGCUUUCGAAGUGUUCCAUUCGAUGGCUAAAAUAUCUAGAAGUAGGCGGGGUACGAUGGCGCUUAAACUCGAUAUGAGUAAAGCUUCAGUAUCUUUCUCUGCAAUGAUAAAUGGUAACCCUCACGGUCGGAUUUUACCCCAACAAGGAUUGAGACAAGGGGACCCGUUAUCCCCGUAUUUAUUUUUCUUGUGUACGGAAGAUUUCUCGGCUAUGUUAAGAAAGGAAGUUGAGGAAGGCAGAUUGUCAGGUGGUAUAACGAUAGUAUUGUGUUUGCUAAAAGCCAAUAUUCACGAGGGUAGAGUCAUAAAAGAGGUGAUUAAAGGGUAUGAGAGAGCUUCGGGUCAAAUGGUCAACUUCGACAAGUUAGAGUUGAUGUUUAGCUCAGGAACCCAUCGAGAUCUUCGUAGUGACAUCGGUUCGAUCUUAGGGAUCCGUGAAGUUCCAUACUUCGAGAAGUACCUCGUGUUGCCAAAGCAAGUUUGGCAUCUAUUUCACUAUCCGGAUUCGCUUUGUGGUAAAGUCUUCCGGGCAAAGUACUAUCUGAGAACUGAUGUGUUAAAUGCUCUUGUCAAUCGAAGAUUUAGCUAUGUUUGGCAAAGCUUCCUGGAGGGUGAAAGAUUUUAUUGUCAGGUGUGGCUUGGCGUAUUGGAGAUGGGUGUUGGGAUGUUGGCAGAGUUAGAGAAGUUUUCUCCGAAGAAGAUGCAGCCAAUAUUCCGCAAAUUUCUAUUAGCACCAGACUGCCUCCCAACAAGAUGGGAGUGUUUACGGUUAGAUCGGCUUACUAUAUCGUCGCAAAUAAGGCGAGGUGUGCAGACGCUGGCCCUUCUAGCGGGAAUGUGCACACAGCAGUGUGGAAUAGCAUCUGGAAAUUAUCUAAUUCCUCCGAAGGUUAAAAACUUUCUUUGGCGUAUUAGCCAUAAUACUCUUGCGUGUAAAGUUAAUUUGAUUAAGAUAAAAUUAUUAAUCUCAGCUCUAUGCCCUAGAUGUCACACUGUUGAGGAAUCUGCAAUACACUGUAUCAAAGAGUGUGAGGAGGUGCAAGGAUUGUGGCUGUUGUCGCCGUUGAAUUUGAGAGUGGAUCGAUUUCAGUGCAGCAAUGCCCAGGAGUGGCUUGCUCUUAUGUUCAGUACUCUGAAGAGGGAGGAAGCCCAAAUUUUUGUCAUGGCUUUGUGGCUGAUUUGGAUGGACCGCAACAAUAUUGUGUUUGGAAACCUGCGUUUACCUCUGCCGGUGAUGUUUACCUGCAUUUUUUCUUUUCUUUCGACGAGUUCCAAUGAGGUGGAGAGCAGGAUUGUUAUGGAGAAUAAUGUCAGUAGUUCUUGGUCUCCCUGCCCCAUCUGUGGAAGGUUAUUCGGAGUGGAGUUUCAGUUCUUCAAAGGUGCACCAAUGCUGAAACUGCAGAAGCUAAGGCGGUCUUUUUUGGUUUAUCUAUUGCCGGGAACUUGGGCUUCAACAGGUGUUAUAUGUGAAAUGGAUGCGCUGAAUGUAACUAGCAAGUUGUGCAACCCUAACUCAGCAGCAGAUUAUUUGCAGAUGUUUGUGGAUGAUUGCCUAGCCGAGUGUGUGGAUCGUUCAGUGAGCAUUGUAUAUGCGAAGCGUUCUUGUAAUCAGGUUGUCCAUGCCCUAGGCCAAGUGGGGGAUUUUCUUUGGUAG